AUGCGAUGCGCGAGACAAGGCCGCCGAGAGCGCCCUGUAUCACCUGGUGAUGCAGGCGCUGGUCAUGAAGACACUCGUGUCUUCACAGAGUACGAGCUCGGUGUCUCGUACUCUCCUGAUACGGAUGACGGAUCCGUAUCGACGGCAAUUGAAUCCAAGCCGCCUGCCAAGCGUGGCAUGGACGAUGCUUUGCGUCGCAGCAUCUUUGGUUCAUCUGAUGAGUCAGAUGAACCAUCGCCGAAGCGAAGGCGCUCGAGGUCGCGAGACUCGGGCGCUAAUAGUGGUGUCGUUUCUCCAAUGGACACCACUUCACAGCGAGGUGCCAGUACUUCUGUCGGCACUUCGCAGGAAGAGCGGGACCGCAAUGUGUUGCGUCUCGCUCCAGAAAAGAAGGCAUGGAUGCCUCCUAAAUCUGUCAUGGAUCACUUGUAG